AUGUAUCGAUUAUGGCAUCGGUUGAGCAGUUUAACAUAUCGACAAUUAUUUCAUGGCGUCAUUCCUGUACUUAAUACACGACUUUAAGCUCUUUGUUUUAAUGGUACUUCCAAAAUUUACUUUUGGAAUAUGUUCAUAGUAAGGAGAUACUGACUACGCAAGUUAUAGAAUUUCAAUUGUGAAACAACGUUAGUUUUUCCGUGCUGUGCCUUGUAGUACAACCUGUACCAACAAAGUGUUUGUUCCUUUUCGUUUCCAUAAUGGAUCUUAAAAGAAAGGCAGAAGAUCUAACAGUAGUUCUGGCUAAUAAGCGAGCAAGAAAUGAAGUUGCUAAUAUCAGCAAGGGAACAAGUAUCGUCCAAAGUGAUAUACCGCGAACAUCUAACCUUACAGCCCCUAUUAUGCUACUUGAGGGACACCAAGGAGAGAUUUUUACGGUAGAAUUUCACCCCGAAGGGCAGUAUUUAGCAUCUGCAGGAUUUGAUCGCCAAAUUUACAUUUGGAAUGUGUACGGGGAAUGUGAGAAUAUAUCUUUAAUGACUGGUCACACUGGGGCCAUCAUGGAAUUGCAUUUUUCUACAGAUGGUAACACGUUGUUUAGUGCUAGCACCGACAACACUCUGGGAAUGUGGGAUAUUGAGACUGGAAUUCGUGUAAAGAAACUGAAAGGCCACACCACAUUUGUGAAUUCAUGCCAUCCUGCAAGACGUGGACCACAGCUGGUGUGUAGCGGUUCUGAUGAUUGUUCCAUUAAGUUAUGGGAUCCACGAAAACGUGGACAAGCAGUUACCCUUAAUAACACAUAUCAGGUUACAGCUGUAACAUUUAGUGACACAGCUGAACAGGUAUUGUCUGGAGGAAUAGAUAAUGAUAUUAAGGUGUGGGAUCUUCGGAAAAAUGCUCUCUUGUAUCGAUUAAAAGGCCAUGGAGACACAGUUACUGGACUAAGCUUGUCUCCAGAUGGAUCAUAUGUUCUGUCUAAUGCAAUGGAUAACACAGUCCGAAUAUGGGAUGUGCGGCCAUUUGCUCCUCAAGAACGCUGUGUCAAGAUUUUAACUGGCCAUCAGCACAAUUUUGAGAAAAACUUAUUACGGUGUGCAUGGGCCCCAGAUGGUUCAAAGGUUUCUGCAGGAUCAGCUGACAGAUUUGUCUAUCUUUGGGACACAACAUCUCGUCGGAUUCUCUACAAACUGCCAGGCCAUAAUGGUUCUGUAAAUGAUGUGGACUUCCAUCCUAAGGAACCUAUUAUUAUGUCAGGUUCUAGUGACAAGCUUGUAUAUAUUGGUGAGAUUGAAUAGGCAUGUUCAAGAUACAGUCUGUACUAAUGUUGUUUCACAAUAUUAUACUUUUUUCUUCAUGAUAAUAAAUCCAGUUAUGUAAGAGAAGGUAAUAAAUCAGAUAAUUGAUUCUGUAUAAAAUUGGUAAAAAGACCUGAAA